AUGGUUCAAUUUCAGGGGGCUGUUGGUGUUGGUGGACAAUAUGACGGUCCUGGCGACAUGUUGUUACGCGGGCUCGACCACUACGUGGACGGUCAUCAGUGCUGUAUAACUGGAACCUCUGGAGAACUCUGGCGCGAGCAAAGACGAUUCGCCCUUAACACUCUCAGGGAGUUCGGAGCAGGCAGGAAUACCAUGGAGGACAAAAUACACGAGGAAAUCUCACAGUUUAUCGAGGCCUUCGAGACAGACCGGGGACAAGGCUUCGACUGCACACAUCUGGUGCACAACGCAGUGUCGAAUGUCAUCUGCUCUAUUAUUUUCAGCAAACGAUUUGAAUAUACUGACCCGCUUUUUAUUACAUUUUUAAAAACCAUGGACGAAGCUUUGGCAAAUAUGGGCUCGGCUGGAGUAGUGAAUGUGCUUCCUAUUGUGCGCUUUCUGCCAGGAGAUCUAUUCAAAUUUAAGAAGACAAUGCAGAAUGUCAAGAAAGUCGAAUCACUGUUAAUAGACCCUAUGACAGAGCAACACGUGAAGAAUCACGACGAUGACAAUGUGGACGACUUCAUCCACGCCUACAUCAAGGAAAUGAGACUUCGCAAAGCGAAAGAAGAGGACACGACCUUAGACUUGGAGAACCUGAAAAAGGCUAUCGCAGACCUCUUUGUGGCCGGAACAGAAACAACAGCUACUACAAUACGAUGGACCAUGGUCUACUUACUCCGCUACCCGGAAAUACAGGAAAAGUGUUUUCAGGAGAUCAAAGAAAACAUUGGCCAGAGUAGACGUCCCUCCAUGAAGGACAAGAUCAACCUGCCCUACGUGGAGGCAACCAUUUUGGAAGUCUUGAGACAAGCUGAUAUCGCCCCUACAGCUCUCCCACACACCGUUCCCCACGAUGUCCAGUUCAGGGGCUACACGUUCCCAAAAGGUGUCUUGGUCAUAUUGAUGCUUGAUUCCGUCCUACAAGACCCGGAUGUGGGUGACCCAGACAACUUUCGACCUGACCGUUUCCUUGACGACAAUGGCAAGAUAGUAAAGAAAGAUGAGUUUAUUCCAUUCUCUCUCUGGGUCGAAGAGUGUGUCUGGGCGAGCCAUGGCCCGGAUGGAGUUGUUCCUCUUCCUGACCACCAUGAUCCAGAGGUUCAAGUUUGUCCCGGUGGAUG